AAAACAAGUACCUUGCCUACCUACAGUAUUAAAUCAAGUUACUUUCCAACUUAAUGCAUCUGUACCCGUAUGUAGGUACAUAACCUGUCUGUCUGCCUACCUGCCUGUCUCGGAGUCCCGCCGAAACUUCUCUUCUGCCUCUCUUUGUUUCCGAUGCCACCUCAUCCUGACACUCGGCCAUCUGACUGACUCCCACAGGUUUUCUAUUCUGCCCUGUGCCCUUCGGACGGACGGUUUUGAAUGCGUGCGGCAAGCAACUCUCUUUUUAUUUUUUCGGGCUCUCAACAGAAAAUAAGAGAUUAAAAAAAUAACCCCAAAGACGGAAGAAAAAGCUGGGGUUUGCCUCUUUGGUCAUCUCGAAGUACCUCUCAAGUUGAGUUGAGGUCUAUGCUUUUUGGCGCUUGUGAUGGCCACGAGUCCAAAGACGUCGCCUCUUACACGCACGACUCGCCGCAAGACAUACCCAGCGGCUCGAGAGCAAGAUACAGCUGCUGUUCGUCAAACCUUAAAAAAAUCUACAGAAGGCUUACUGCGCCAGCAAUCCUAGAAAGCAGAGACGGCGGUCGGUCUGGUCCGAACGGCGCGUCGUGUUUGCCACACACACAUACACAUCACGCAUCCACGCCACACACAGACGGAAACUUGGCGAAUUUAGCUACCGAUAGCUGCUCCCUCCUGAGACGACUAGCUGCCAAACAAAAGUCAACAAACGGGAACAACAUUACAUGGGAGGAUCUUUAUUUGUGCUUCCCAAGCAACGACAAGAGCUGUGGGUUGGAGGAAUAGGGACAAGUGGAUUGGGGAAACAUUGGCGAGAUUCGAAUCCUUUACGAACGAUAGCUGGGUGGAUUAUAACCCUGGCUCUUGCGAUAACAAACAAAAAACAAACAUACCAACCACGCACACAGCGCAUCCCAUUAUGAGCGGGAGCGACAGCGACGGCGAGGCUUCGCCGGUAUCCAGGCCUUCUUCGGUCGAACGACAAGAUUCACCCUCCAUUGCCGCCGCCACCACCUCUGCUGAAUCACCCAAGACGACGACAACGACGACCAAGGCGACGGCGACAUCUCCACCACCUAAGAAGCGCAAAGAGUCGACGUCAGCCGGCACUGAUGCGGACAGCGGGGAACCGGCGACCAAGAUCACAAAACGACGAGCGGCACGCGCCUGCGUGAGCUGCAGGGCGCGCAAGGUACGAUGCGACGUGGUGGAGGGUGCUCCAUGUGGGAAUUGCCGUUGGGACAAUGUGGCUUGCAUUCUUUCAGAAAGUCGCCGGCGAAAGAAAAACAUCUUCGCGGGCGGCACCCUUGGCGCAGGCCAAUUAGGAACGUCGGUCACCACCGAUACUCUGCGAGCCAAGACAGCGACGGGAAAUGCACCCAUCAGCCUCUCGAGCGCGGAUUUGCGGAGACCAAGCGAGGAUUCCGUGUCAAUUGCUGCAUCUCUGGGUAAUGGCGGAAUGGAAAACCACGACGGCGCUGGCGCCGCAAUAGGCCACGCGAAUGGUACUGGACUCUUGGAUCAAUCGCCCCUGGAUGGCCACGGACAUGUUCCUCAUCUAAUUUAUCAGCAACGGGCGAAUUACCGAACCGAGAACUCGAGCGAAUUGCUUUCCAAGCUGGGCGACAGCUUGAAUAACCAGCGACUUCUUUGGCCCGACCCUCCAUUAAACCCAGAUAAUCUCUUUGGUGACGUCCGGACGGCUCAGUUUCUCAGCUCCCUUGAAGAACCCGACCUUUCGAUAUUCUCGCAGCUUCCUGCCUUCGUCAAGCCGCUACCCGCCAAGCUUGCCUCUGAAGAUGUCAAGUAUCUGCACGCCAAGGGCGCCCUUGCCCUUCCCGAUCUCAGCUUGCAGAAUGCGCUCCUCCAGUCAUAUGUGGAAUACGUCCACCCUUAUAUGCCGCUGAUAGAUAUACACGACUUUCUCAAUGCCAUUCACUCGCGGGAUGGCCUGUGUGGGCAGAUAAGCUUGUUUCUCUAUCAUGCAGUCAUGUUUGCAGCAACUGCCUUUGUCGAUAUCAAGCAUCUGCGGGACGCCGGGUAUCCAACUAGGAAGGCGGCACGAAAGUUUUACUUUAGCAAAACUAGGCUUCUGUACGACUUUGACUACGAAUCAGAUAGGCUGGUCCUGGUACAGGCUCUUCUUCUCAUGACCUACUGGUACGAAACACCUGACGACCAGAAGGAUACGUGGCACUGGAUGGGCGUCGCCAUUUCAUUGGCCCACACUAUUGGGCUUCACCGCAACCCGGGUAGCACAAACAUGGCUCCCCGUAAGCAGAGGUUAUGGAAGCGGAUAUGGUGGUCAUGCUUCAUGCGGGACAGGCUCGUGGCGCUCGGCAUGCGGAGGCCGACACGGAUCAAGGCCGAAGACUUUGAUGUGCCGAUGCUAACCGAGGCCGACUUCGAAGUCGAGGCCUUGUCGGACGAGAACCAGCUUUUGCCGGCCGAGUGCACGGUUGUUCGCGACCUCAGGAUGCAGAAGGAACUUGCGGAACUAUGCAUCCAGAAGGCGAAGCUUUGCGUCUUGAUCAGUGGAAUGCUGAAGGCGCAAUACUCUGUCCUCAUUCGAGAUGCCACAAAGCCGGACAACACAACCAACAGCACGAUGAUGCUGUUUCCCAACAAGACCCUUGAGAACAUUGACAGCAUCAAUGUGGUUGAUUUAGAGCUCAAGUCUUGGCUCGAGAAUCUUCCCCCGGCCGCGCAGUAUCGCCCGCUCACGACGAUGGAUAUUCAGCACGGACGAUCGACGGUUGCAGUACAGAGGAAUCUUCUGCAUAUGGUCUACUACACCACUGUCUCGGCUCUCCACCGCCCGCAAUUCUUACCUGCAUCGCCGUUUCAAGUCCCGACGACCUCGCGCCAGGUACAGGAUAUGUCACGCAUGCGCGUGCGCGAAAGCGCCGCUCGCAUCACACACAUGGCCACCGAGCUCCAUGGCCUACGCCUGGAACGCUUCCUGCCGACGACGGGUGUAACUGUUAUCCUGCCCGCCAUGAUUAUCCAUCUACUGGAAAUGAAAAACCCCGUGGUGGAAGUACGCGAGAAAGCCACAAAGGGCUUCCGCCAGUGUCUACAGGUCAUGGAGAAACUGAGGGACAUAUAUUCGGCUGCCGAUUUUGCCACCGUAUUUCUAGAUGCUGCUCUUCGCAAGGCAGCAAUUGACUUGAACACGCAGCCAAGCGCCGCAGGUCCUACUGACACGUUGGGGAGUGCCGCGGCACAGAGGCAGCUGCAGAUGCACAAAUUGCAGAUGUUGCAACGGCAGAGCCAGUACGGCCAGAAGGUUAGCCUGAGAACCAAGCCGACGACGAUAGCGCCUGCCAUCAACCUCGCUGGCGCUGCUUCGCUCAGGCGAGAGAUGGGAGGCGGCGGCGACGAGCUCUCCACCCCGCCUCCCGAGAACGCGCCCUACUUGAACCAGCUCGAGAUGGGACUUUUCCACGGCGAACGAUCUUACGCCGAAACCCAGCAGAACGGUAACAGUGAUCUUGCGGGUGACUUGCGCAAGACCGGACCCCUUGGAACUAUGGGUGCGAGUGACAUUGACCCGGCUGCUCUAGCGCGCGUGGUCACUUGCGCGGGUCAAUCGCCACCGCAUACCGAGAGGGACUUGGACUCGGGUGUCGGUCUCACGCCGUCGGCGAGCGUUGGCUCAUCGUCCAGUGGUGUUGAUGGCUACGACAUGAUGGACGUGGUGGACUUUGGCACGGGCCAGGAUGAGUUCGACUGGAACGCGAUGACGGGCACCAAUCUUGACUUUGAUCAGUGGCUUCAAUUUCCCGCUGAUGGUGCCGGCGGAGCCGGUGGUGACGAUGACAAAGGUGGUGGAGAGAAGAUUGGCGGUCUGCCAAAUGACGACGGUCACGACACGAUCAUGUUUGACGGUCACAUGAGUGGGAACAAUGCACAUCAAGUAGCUGUAUCAUCUUGAUGAUGACCCAAGGCGAACUACGACAUGCUGGACUGAAUUUACGCAUAUUGGUCUUUGGAGUUUGGUUUUUCUUUUCACGGGUUGGUUGGCAUGGGAAUGGGUGGCUAUUUUCCUUGGGAACAAAAAAAGUAUACGCAGGCCACGUCGUUUCAUUAUACAGUUUCGAUGUCACAACUUAUGAUACCUGGGUACUAUUUUGUUCAGAUUCCCAAGCCUUGUUUUGCUCUGUUGAUUUUCUUGGGGGAGAAAAAAUAGGGAUUAGUAUAUCCCUUGCAUAUACCCACCGCCAGGUGCAGUUUUUUGUACACAGUAUUUCUGUACAAGCUUUAAGUUUAUAGAACUUGGCUUUGUUUUUGUUUUUAUUUUUGGCUAUAGAGUGGCCUUAGGGGCUAACGGUUGUCUAUUCUUUUUUUAUUAGCCAACACCGGACGAUGUUGUUGACGGUUCUAUUUAGACCUUUUUCUGCUUAUGUCUGGUAUCGUCUAAAUGUACCUGCCUGGUCUGAAUGAUGUCCGUGCUUCAUGUUUGCCUAGAUGUGGCCGGUACUAAAGUUCAUCUAGGCAAGUAUGUUAACCGAUCUUUUAUUAAGCGUUCAAUUUACCAGGGUGGUUAAUAGCUGAAAAUUUUAAAGGUCGUUUAUCACCAAAGUGGUUGUGAUGUCACAUCGGGGCCAAUUCGGCGGCGCGUCGUCCAU